CUGCAAUAGUAAAAGGGAUGGUCGAGUUUAAUAAUAAAAUUAGUAACUUGCGAUUUUACGUGAAUUCUGGUUAACUCUUCAGAAAACAAAUUUCUAAACGCACUUGGAAUAAAGGGACCGACAGAAAGAGCAAUAUAUAGUGCCAUGAAGGAGUGGGAAGAGAAAACGUGCAUCCGAUUCGUGCCCAGGACUACUCAGAAAGACUACGUGGAGUUCUUCGCCGGUGAUGGAUGCUGGUCUUACGUUGGAGACCUUAAAAAUGGAAAGCAGCAUAUUUCUAUUGGAAGCUUUUGUUACUUUCACGGCAUUGUAGUACACGAGAUUGGCCACGCUCUAGGAUUCUGGCACGAACAAAGCCGCCCGGACCGUGAUGACUAUGUCGAAAUUGUUUGGGAUAAUAUUAAACCAGAUAACAAGCACAAUUUUAACAAGUACGGUCAUGGCUCCAUCGACAGCUUGGGUGUUCCUUAUGACUAUGGUUCAAUCAUGCACUACGGCAAGCGAGACUUUGCUCGAUGGCCAUGGCAGACUACCAUAAGACCAAGGCAAUCAGGUGCAUCAAUUGGCCAGCGAAGUCAUCUCAGUCCUCUGGAUGUUAAACAAAUGAAUCUUUACUACAAGUGUAACAAGAAAUAA